GCACUACUUCCGCCACGGGCACAGCGAGUUCUUCCCUGACAAGGAUCGGACGUGGCCUCCGACAGCCCGACAUCAACCACCAAAUGCAGCGCUGCCUCACUCUGACUUUUGCCCGGCACAGCAGCCUCCUGUUGAGAAAUAAAUUAGCAUCUGUCCACUGUCAGCGGACGGCAGCCAUGUCAGGUCUCCUCAUCAACCAGCCCAAGUACGCCUGGCUGAAAGAGCUCGGCCUGUCUGAGGACAAUCCCGGUGUGUACAACGGGAGCUGGGGGGGUAGCGGCGAGGUCAUCACGUCUUACUGUCCCGCCAACAAUGAGCCGAUUGCCAGAGUAACCCAGGCCACCAUGGGGGAGUAUGAAGAAACCGUCCAGAAGGCAAGGGAGGCCUGGAAGAUUUGGGCAGAUAUUCCAGCCCCAAAGAGAGGGGAGAUUGUGAGGCAGAUUGGCGACGCUCUAAGAAAGAAGAUCAGUGUCCUCGGAAGCCUUGUGUCUUUGGAAAUGGGCAAGAUCUAUGUUGAGGGAGUGGGCGAGGUCCAGGAAUACGUCGAUGUCUGUGAUUACGCUGUUGGUCUGUCUAGAAUGAUUGGCGGCCCCAUCUUGCCCUCAGAAAGACCAGGCCACGCUCUGAUCGAGCAGUGGAACCCAGUCGGACUUGUCGGCAUCAUCACUGCCUUUAACUUCCCUGUGGCUGUGUACGGCUGGAACAACGCCCUCGCUCUCACCUGUGGCAACGUCUGCCUGUGGAAAGGAGCUCCAACCACACCUCUCACAAGUGUGGCAGUUAGCAGGAUCGUGGCUGAGGUGCUGGAGCACAACAAGCUGCCCGGUGCGAUCUGCUCCAUGACCUGCGGCGGCGCCGAUAUCGGUACCGCCAUGGCGAAGGACGAGCGCGUGAAUCUGCUGUCGUUCACUGGCAGCACCCAUGUCGGCAAGAUGGUGGCCAUGAUGGUGCAGGAAAGGUUCGGUCGCAACCUCUUGGAGCUCGGCGGAAACAACGCCAUCAUUGUGUUUGAGGACGCUGACCUAAACCUUGUCGUGCCCGCCACUGUCUUUGCAUCUGUGGGAACCGCUGGCCAACGCUGCACCACCACCAGGAGGUUGAUUCUGCACGAGAGCGUUCAUGACACGGUGGUUGAGAGGGUCGUCAAGGCCUACAAACAAGUCCGCAUCGGAGACCCCGAGGAUCCCAGCACCCUUUAUGGACCACUGCAUACCAAGCAAGCUGUGGAUCAGUACCUUGCAGCCAUUGAGCAGGCCAAGCAACAGGGCGGCACUCUGGUCUGUGGAGGAAAGGUGAUUGACCGUCCUGGAAACUACGUAGAGCCCACCAUUAUCACGGGGCUGGCUCACGACGCCGCCAUCGUCCACACAGAAACCUUUGUCCCCAUCCUCUACGUCCUCAAGUUCAAGACGGAAGAGGAGUCGUUCGCCUGGAACAACGAGGUCAAGCAAGGUCUGUCCAGCAGCAUCUUCACCAAAGAUAUGGGCCGGGUGUUCCGCUGGUUGGGGCCUAAAGGAUCCGACUGCGGCAUCGUGAAUGUGAACAUUCCUACAAGCGGAGCUGAGAUUGGAGGAGCCUUCGGUGGGGAGAAACACACAGGAGGUGGAAGAGAGUCCGGCAGCGACUCGUGGAAGCAGUACAUGAGGCGUUCAACGUGCACAAUUAACUACAGCAAGGAUCUCCCUCUGGCCCAGGGAAUCAAGUUCGAGUGAAGCUUUGGAGUAGAUUAAUUAAGCUUCGAUGUUGCCCAAAAGAACAACACUAAAUGUUUUAAGAGUGUUGCUUAUGAUGAGAUCAGGGAUUUUGAAAGGUCAAUUAAAUUAGAAAAAAAUAAAAAAGAUCAAAUCUAUGUCUGCUGUUGAGUUUUGAUAUUAAUCCUGGAUUUAAGAUUUGAUAAUAGUUUUGAGUUAAAGGUCAAAUACGGUUCCCCCCUAUAUGUUGGUGUACACUUUCCUACAAGCACUUAAAGUGGGUUUGAGUGCUGGAUUACUGUAUCAGAAUCUGAAUUCAUUAUAAAAAUAACUAUUAUGGAAUAACGUGGAAAAUAUUGAGAUGUGAGUGGUCUGGAUAAUAGAUUGUAUAUGUAAAGAAAGAUGCCCUUGAUUGCAAGUUACAGAAAUUCUAACAUCACAGGCUGCUUGAAAGAAGCUGAAGGUUUCAAGAUCCUAAGAACAAACAAAUGCAGGUUAAUAGAAAGUAUCUGUUAAAACACUUGCAUUUCUAUGAACUACAACAUUAAUUUAGUGUUCAGCAACAGUAUUUAAACCAGUUACUGUACUUUACUCUACAUCUAAAGCCCCUUCAAUAAACUGUCACAAUGUGCUUUCAAACAACAAUCAAUAAAGGCUUCUUGGUGACGGG